GGGAGAAAAUGGAGUCGCGAGGCCCAAGAGGAACCAGCCCUCGUCAGGAUCAGGCUGAGUGCUGGGGAAAGUUCAACCAAAGGACUGGGCAGAAGUUCCUGGAAGAAGACAACCCCUCUUGGGUGGUCCGGAAGCAGAACUUCAGAGGAUUCAGCUACCAUGAGUCAGAGGGACCCCGAAGACUUUGCAGCCACCUCCAUCGUCUUUGCCUUCAGUGGCUGCAGCCAGAAAGGAACACCAAAGCUCAGAUGCUGGACCUGGUGCUCCUUGAGCAGUUCCUGGCCAUCCUUCCCCUGGAGAUGGCCAACUGGGUGCGGGAGUGUGGAGUGGAAACCAGCUCCCAGGCGGUGGCCUUGGCCGAAGGUUUCCUCCUGAGCCAGACUGACGGCAAAGAAAAGGAGGAAAACUCUAUCAAGGUGGAUCCAGAAAGUGUCAAUACAAGGAUGGAUUCCUCAGAUUCAUCUCAGGGGAUGCCUUUCAAGGGCAUCUCCCAGGAAAAUGAUGUUCUUGAGAUAUUAGUUGGAUAUGGUCCAUCACCACUGGACCUUGUCGAAAUGUCUUCUUUUUCUGAUGAAGCAGAAACUCUCUCUUCAACUCAGAGUGCUGUGUCCUUCCAGGAGGUGGUGGUAUGUUUUUCCAAGGAGGAAUGGGCUCUGCUGGAUUCCACCCAAAAGCGUCUCCACAAGGAAGUCAUGCAGGAGAAUUCUAGACAUGUGGCAUUUCUGGGUAAUAGACCUCUCUUUGCUCUGAGUUCAGAUAGUUGGAACAGGCAAUAGCAGUAGCCAUGGCACUUAGAC